CUUCAGCACCCCUCGGUGCACCCAAAGCUCUCAAUAACGGUGAAGCAACGCCCCUACAAGAUCCGGAGCCAAUGAAAGUGUUGACUGUUCAGCAAGUUUAUGAUCCUUUCCAUAAAUGAAACCCCCGACUGCUUCAGCGGACAGCAACGAGCAAUAAGAAGUCAUUUUUUUAUAGAGGCAAAUCAACACAAGCAAAAUGACUUCACUCCACUUCGCAAUAUUCUGUGUUUUCUUCGGACCCAGCAGCUGUCAAAUUAAUUGCAUCCCAGAAACUGUUGAUGAGACAAAGUUUUCAGUCAACGUAACGGAGCACAUUAGUAUGAAGUCUAUCGACUGCAUCGUAAUCCCACACAAGGUGACAUUUCCACGAGACAAAGUGGUAACCCCGUACAAAAAGAUGUUAUUUCAGGGCGAUCCAUCAAAUGUCGUUGAUAAAAAAGUUGUCUACGAUUCUGACAAAGAAGAUUCAUUCAGGAUAAAAAAUCUUCCAUGUGGAGAAUAUGAUUAUGGCUUUAAACUGGAAUGGGGGUGUAAUCAAACUUACACUUUCCCAAAGAGAGUCCACGUCUCUGUUUUACCAUUAGCAACUAAGCCGACUGUCUUGGUUCCUCUUUUGACGGAGGAACGCUCUGAGCUGAUCUGCAGCGUUCCCCAGCCGUGCUCACAAGGACUCCGAGUUUACUGGAAAUGGACGAAGGCCGACGGACAAUCUGUGGUACUCGGCGACUAUCGCUACGGGAAACUUGAUCAGUGGUUCUUUGGAUACAAAGACACUUUGCGCAUUAAUCCCACAGCACAUCAUCACAACACCAACAUCACAUGUGUGGCCGAAUAUGACAACGACCUCACGGAAGCAACUGUCACUUUGAACGUGAAAUUUAAACCUAAGAUCUCGAAUGACUCCCACUGCCUGGUUAAAGGCGAGCUGCUGGUCUGCGUGUGCGUCAGUUGGGGCAAUCCUCUGCCGCCGAUCUCUUGGCCUUUGGAAAACCUCACGGCUUUCUCGGUGACUAGCUUGAGGAUUGCUCAGACAGUACGAAGCACUUUCACAGUGCCUGCGUCGGAAUACCAUAACGCCACUGUAAAAUGCACCAGCAGCAAUGAACGCGGUCUGGCUGAAACCUCAAUUGUAAUUCAUAACUCUGAAGAGAGAGCGGAGCCAAACACUGUUCCAGGCAGAAGGAAGGGGAUGGAUUUAGCUCUUCCCUGGAUAGCUGGGCUGUGUUUCUCUCUCAACCUGGCCUUCAUUACCGCCUUGAUUAUCCACAUUUGUCAAAGAAGGAUUAAUAAGCAGAAGGAACAGAGCAAAGAGAUCAACACUUACAUGUCUCUGAAAAAGGCAGACGUUGAGGAAGAAUACAGCGUCAUUUCCACAAAACCCAAACGAAACCCGCAAGUGUGAAGCGCUGCCCUGUUUGCUACCGAGAUAAGAAAAUGCAAAACAAAAAUGUACAGCAGAUAAAUAUUCUAUCAAUAGUUACAGAGCCUUUCCGUAAUAGUCACAUUUAUGCAAUUUACAUGUUACAACCAGUUUUCUGUGUGCUCUAUGAGGAUUGUAUGUGAUAGACCACAAAAAAUUAAAUAAAAAGGAAAUGACACAUGUGUAAUAAAUUCAAAUCUACAAAGUGUGAUGCGCAUUUUUAUUCAGUUCCUUUUACUCUGAUGCUCCUAAAUGAAAUCCUGUCAAACAAACAGUCUUCAAGAGAUCAAGAGAUGUUUCAAGUCAGACUGCUUGUAAUUUCUUUGGAGCACCAGGCCUGACUCCAUGGCAGCAGCACAGGUUUGUUGGAGAGCAUUAGGGAACAAACCAAGGAACACAGCAGAUGGGUCAGAGAAAAAGUUGCGUAGAAGUUUAGAGCAGGGUUGGGCUACCAGGAUCAGAAUUUAUUGGUUAAAUAUUGUGUGUACAAAUUUGACUUCUGUCACAAGAGCAGACAGCGUACAAAGAAUAAAUAUAUAAACUCCACAGAAAAUAAAGAAUAAAAACA